CCAUGAUUCGGACAUCCGACGGCAGAAAUGUGCUAUAUGGGACACCACCACCUUCACCAUUUGAAAUAGAAAAGAAAAACAAAGAAGACAACGGAAAACCUUUUGCAAGAACGUUAAACGUUGAACGUUUAACUGACCUUCCAGGCCCGUCAACUUUAAUAGUUUUAAAGAAGAAACAUUGCAAAUUCCCAGAAAAAGAAAUCCAAAAACAGCAAUUAGAUAUUGACAAUAUCGACGAAGAAAUGGACAAUGAUGAAAAUUACGGAUUAGUUCAGGAAAAUAGUAAUGUUGACAAAGAGCAAGCAAAUGCCAAGCAGAAUAUGAUUAAUGCCUAUGGGAAUCUUGAAUCUGAAUUCAAAUUAUCUAAAAAUUAUGGACCGCUGGAACCACUACAAAAAGAAAGCAGAGAAGCUUACAACACUCGAGGAAUUUUAAAACUUAAUCAUGGAGUAAAGGAUAACAAGAUGUUAUGUAAGAAAAUUUUUGAUAAAAUCGACGAUUUUUAGAAAAAGCUGAAAACAUCCCAAACCACAACAAACGAAAGCGAUGAGGAUGACGAUGACUUCCCAAUUUCAAACAUGGAUGAUUUCGAUUCAGUUAACUUGAAACUUCAAAACAAAACAACUCGUAAACAACUGGUAGGAUCUAAAAUUAUUGUAUUCUUAUUACCAGAAACUUAUUUUAACUAUUUC